GUGUCCGGACUGGAAGGGGGUGAAAGUGUCCAGACUGGAAGGGGGGGAAAGUGUCCGGACUGGAAGGAGGUGAAAGUGUCCGGACAGGAAGGGGGUGAAAGUGUCCGGACUGGAAGGGGGGGUGAAAGUGUCCGGACUGGAAGGGGGUGAAAGUGUCCGGACAGGAAGGGGGGUGAAAGUGUCCGGACUGGAAGGGGGGUGAAAGUGUCCGGACUGGAAGGGGGUGAAAGUGUCCGGACUGGAAGGGGGUGAAAGUGUCCGGACUGGAAGGGGGGAAAGUGUCCGGACUGGAAGGGGGUGAAAGUGUCCGGACU